AUGAAGACAAAGGAAAACAUCAUGUUUGGUAUUAACAUGCCAAUUUCUUCUAUAGAUGAUUUAUCGGAGAGUGAUCGGUUAAAAUUAAAGGCUCACAAAUUUGGACGUCAUGAUGGAUCAACAAAAUUCGAAAAAAUUAUUCCCAUAUCGGAAGAUGAAGAAAUUCUGAUUAUUGAAAUUGAUGAUAAAGUCGGAACAUUGGAACGAAUAGAUAUUGAGUAUGGAGAAGGUUCAAAGGCUACUGAAAAUUCAUUUGAAAUUGAAGUUAUUGACGCGCAUCCAUUUGAUGUAUUUGGAGAAGGAUCUAAAUUCUCUGGAUUUCCAUUGGAACCUACUUACAAGAUGCAAAUAGAUCGAGUGGAUACCGAUAGUUUGAGAGAGAAUAAAAUUUGUCUGAGCGAAAGGAAGAAACGAAAACGAGCAGUUUUGGAUUUAUCUAAUUUUAAUACAGAUGAAAUCAAUAUUGAGAAAGUGUUAGCUCGAAGAAAAUGCAAAUUCAGUAACGAAGAAUAUGAAUAUUUGGUACAAAUGGAAAAUUUUCAAGACAAAAUUUGGGUUUCACAACAGUACUGCGAGGCACGAGGAAAAAAAGCUUGGAAUGCUUUUCAAAACCAAUUGAAAAAGUGGGACGAAAAGAUCGAGCCUUUAUCAGGAGAGGAAAAUCUCGUCAAGGCAAUCUCCAAUACUCUCAUGAAAAUUUUAAAGCGUGAGGACAAGUUAAAAUAUCUAGGUUCGUCAGAGAACAUUUCUUUGGAAAGUAUUCCAGGAGUAAUUAUUUCAGAAGUAAUCGAGGAGCAUUUCCAUGAUUUGCUUUCUCAUGCAGAAAAUACGAAGGAAGGGCACAACACACCGUCGAUAAAUUUUGACAACAUUGACAAUUCUCUGAGAUCAAGCAUUGAUCAGCAUGUACAGCAUUAUUUCAACAAAAGGGAAGUGACAACAGUCUCUCAUGCCAAAACACUGGAGGAAGUUACCAACAAGAAAUUGGUCUCUGCUCAAGAGAACAUCAAGAUGAGGAAUGAGCUUGUAAGAUUUGCAAAAUAUAUCAACCAGAGCUUAUAA